AUGAAUACUGUUAAACAAAUCAACCAAAUAAACCAAAAGGAGUUAAACUCAAACACGUCAUAUAAAUCUUCAUGGCAUUAUGAUUAUCGAGAUACGAAUUAUAUAUACAUUGGUAACAUCCCAUUCAACCUAAAUGAAAAGGAUAUAAUUAUAAUCUUUAGUCAAUAUGGAAUACCCACACAUAUAAAUUUGAUAAAAGAUAAAGAAACUGGUAAACAUAGAGGGUUUGGAUUUUUAAAAUAUGCAAAUUUUAAAAGUUGUAUUUUAGCAAUUGAUAAUUUUAAUGGAAUAAAAUUAGGAGAUCGAAUAUUGAGAGUUGAUCAUAAUUAUUAUAAAUUACGUGGGGAUGAAAAAGAAGAUGAUUAUUUGAUUAAUUAUGAUGAAGUAAGGAAAGAAAUCGAAGCAAAACAAGAUAAAGAAGAUAUUAAGUUGAUUGAAGACAAAAAAGAAACCAUCAAGGAACCCAUCAAAGAAGAGAAUACCCUGGAUGUUGAUGAAUUUAAAGAUCCUAUGGCUGAUUUUUUGAAUAGCGAAAAGAAGGACAAUGACGAUGACGAUGACGACGAGUUUAAGGAUCCAAUGGAACAGUUUAUAAAAGAAAAGAAAGACAAACACACCAAACAUAGGUCACACAGAUCACACAGACAUAGGUCACAUCGACAUAGAUCAAAGGAGCGUGAAAGAAGUCGUAGUCCAAAGAGAUAA